UCCCGGCAGUGCGGCCCCCGCGCGGAGCUGGGAGCCUCGGCCAGCGCCCGGCGCCCGCGUCCCCGACCCGCAGCCAUGGAGCCCGGGGCGCCCGGCGCGGCCCUGACCCUCUGCCUCUGGCUGCUGGCCUGCGGGGACUGCCUGGCCGGCGGCCCCGGCGCCGCGGCGGCUCGGCGGCUGGACGAGUCCCUGUCGGCCGUGAGCGUCCAGCGGGCGCGCUGCUCGUCCAGGUGCCUCAGCCUGCAGAUCACGCGCAUCUCCGCCUUCUUCCAGCACUUCCAGAACAAUGGUUCCCUGGUUUGGUGCCGGAAUCACAAGCAAUGUUCUAAGUGCCUGGAGCCGUGCAGGGAGUCGUGGGACCCGCGGAAGCAGCAGUGCCAGAGCUUCUGUGAGCCUCUGUUCCCCAAGAAGAACUACGAAUGCUUGACGAGCUGUGAGUUCCUCAAGUACGUCCUGUCGGUGAAGCAAGGGGACUGCCCGGCCCCUGAGAAGGCCAGCGGGUUCGCCGCCGCCUGCGUGGAGAGCUGUGAAGCCGACAGGGAGUGCUCCGGGGUGAAGAAAUGUUGUUCGAACGGGUGUGGACACACCUGCCAGGUGCCCAAGACCCUGUACAAAGGGGUGCCCCUGAAGCCCAGAAAAGAGUUACGAUUUACAGAACUACAGUCUGGACAGCUGGAGGUUAAGUGGUCCUCAAAAUUCAACAUUUCCAUCGAGCCUGUGAUCUACGUGGUGCAAAGGAGGUGGAAUUACGGAAUCCAUCCUAGCGAAGACGACGCUACGCAGUGGGAGACGGUGGCCCAGACCACCGAUGAGCGGGUCCAGCUGACCGACAUACGACCCGGCCGGUGGUACCAGUUCCGAGUGGCAGCUGUCAACGUGCACGGGACCCGGGGCUUCACGGCCCCCAGCAAACACUUCCGCUCCUCCAAAGACCCGUCUGCACCCCCCGCCCCGGCCAACCUCCGUCUUGCAAAUUCCACCAUGAACAGUGACAACACCAUGACCGUGGCUGUGGUGUGGGACCUCCCCGAGGAACCAGACAUCCCCGUGCACCACUACAAGGUGUUUUGGAGCUGGACAGUCAGCAGCAAAUCCCUUGUCCCCACGAAAAAGAAGCGGAGGAAGACCACGGAGGGGUCCCGGCAUUCCGUGCUCCUGGACCGACUGCAGCCGGACUGCGGCUACAGCGUGGAGCUGCAGGCCAUCGCGUACUGGGGCCAGACGCGCCUGAAGGGGGCCAAGGCCUCCCUGCACUUCACGCCCACGCACGCCACCGGCCACAAAGAGCAACUUGGGAAAACGGGAAAGAGCACGACGCACGUGCAGCCCCCUUUCCAACGACGACGGCCUGCGCGGCUCCUGGAAAUCGGAGCCCCCUUUUAUCAAGACAACCAGCUGCAGGUGAAGGUCUACUGGAAAAAGACUGAAGAUCCCAGCGUCAGUCGGUACCACGUGCAGUGGCUCCCGGAGGUCUGUGCCCAGAACCAGAGCAGCGCGGCCGAGGCCUCCUCCAGCAUCACCCAGGACAAUCACAUCAUUCUGCAAGAUCUGUCGUUCUCCUGCAAAUACAAGGUCACCGUGCAGCCCACGCGACCCACUGGCCACCUGAAGGCAGAGACGGUUUUCUUUACAACACCGCCGUGCUCCGCCCUGAAGGGGAAGAGCCACAAGCCGGUUAGCUGCCCCGGAGAGCCAGGUCACGUGCCGGCCAAAGUGCUCGCCAAGCCCGAAAACCUCUCUGCCUCGUUCGUCAUCCAGGACGCCAACAUCACGGCCCACUUCUCCUGGAAGAUGGCCAAGGCCAACCUCUACCAGCCCAUGACCGGCUUUCAAGUGACCUGGGCCGAGGUCACGACCGAGAGCAGACAGAACAGCUUACCCAACAGCAUCAUCUCCCGCUCGCAGAUCCUGCCUUCGGACCAUUACGUCCUCGCGGUGCCCAACCUGAGACCGUCCACGCUGUACCGACUGGAGGUGCAGGUGCUGACCGCGGGAGGCGAAGGCCCGGCCACCGUCAAAACCUUCUGGACGCCCGACCUCACGCCGCCCUCCGCGCACAGACCCCAUCUGAAAGCUCGGCAUCCCCACCACCACCCGCCUUCUCCGGAAAGACACUAAACGGUUCCCACAGCGUCUGAGAGUCGCAGAACCAGCGGGCGGGU